UUGGUUGUCAGAGAGUUCCCUGCCCUCGCAAGAGUGAUUUUUGACUGAUAGUGGAGUUUUGUGAAGUUUGUAAAUAAAUUUUAUUCUUCAUCAUAAAAAAAGUAUCAAAAUUUUGUGACCGUGUUUUCAAAAAAGGAAUAAAGAUUGACUCAGUGUGGGGUUGGGCGUCCCCUCCGCUGGGCUUGCAGCCUACAGCAGUAGGUGCCCGAGGCAGAAUGGGAGACAUGGUUUUAGGGGAAAGACCCCCAUCACCAGCCCGACUGUCUCACACUUCUGAAAAACAUCCAAGAGCAACGCUAACUGAGUUAAAUGUAUUACGAAGGCAUCGUGAACUUUGCGAUGUUGUUCUUAAUGUUGGCUCACGUAAAAUAUUUGCACAUCGUGUUAUUUUGUCAGCAUGUAGUCCUUACUUUCGUGCUAUGUUCACCGGUGAAUUGGCGGAAUCUCGGCAAACAGAAGUCACAAUACGAGAUAUUGACGAGGUAGCGAUGGAUUUGUUAAUUGAUUUUUGUUAUACUUCGCACAUCGUUGUUGAGGAAGCGAAUGUACAAACGCUUUUACCCGCCGCAUGUUUACUCCAACUUCAAGAAAUUCAAGAAAUAUGUUGUGAAUUUCUGAAACGGCAAUUGGAUCCUUCAAACUGUUUGGGAAUUCGAGCAUUUGCUGAUACACAUUCAUGUAGAGAACUCUUAAGGAUUGCUGACAAAUUUACACAACACAAUUUCCAAGAAGUUAUGGAGAGUGAAGAAUUUUUAUUACUCCCUGUUGGCCAAUUAGUAGAUAUAAUUUCAUCCGAUGAGUUGAAUGUAAGAACGGAGGAACAAGUUUUCAAUGCAUGUAUGUCUUGGGUUAAAUAUAAUGUUUCUGAUCGUCGACAACAUUUAUCGCAAGUUUUACAACACGUCCGCUUACCAUUACUUAGUCCGAAAUUUUUAGUUGGCACUGUUGGAUCUGACCUUUUGGUAAGAUCUGACGAGUCAUGUCGUGAUUUAGUAGAUGAAGCAAAAAAUUAUUUAUUAUUACCACAAGAACGACCAUUAAUGCAAGGACCAAGGACACGACCACGGAAACCGACACGUCGAGGAGAAGUUUUAUUUGCAGUGGGGGGAUGGUGUUCAGGGGAUGCAAUAGCUUCUGUUGAACGGUUUGAUCCCCAAACGGUUGAUUGGAAAAUGGUUGCACCAAUGAGUAAGCGACGAUGUGGCGUUGGAGUGGCUGUUUUAAAUGACUUACUGUAUGCUGUUGGAGGCCAUGAUGGACAAUCGUACCUGAAUAGUAUUGAACGUUAUGAUCCACAAACAAAUCAAUGGUCUUGUGAUGUUGCUCCAACUACUUCAUGUAGGACUAGUGUUGGUGUUGCGGUUCUAGAUGGUUUUCUUUAUGCUGUUGGAGGGCAGGAUGGUGUUCAGUGUCUUAAUCAUGUCGAAAGAUACGACCCCAAAGAAAACAAAUGGGGAAAAGUAGCUCCAAUGACAACUAGACGGUUGGGCGUAGCAGUUGCUGUAUUGGGAGGAUAUUUAUAUGCAAUUGGUGGUUCAGAUGGUCAAUGUCCAUUGAAUACAGUAGAAAGAUAUGAUCCUCGGCAAAAUAAAUGGUCUCCAGUUAGUCCAAUGUCAACCAGAAGAAAACACCUAGGAUGUGCUGUAUUUAACAAUUUAAUUUAUGCAGUUGGAGGACGAGAUGAUUGUAUGGAAUUAUCUAGCGCCGAAAGAUAUAAUCCUCAUACAAAUUCAUGGAGUCCUAUUGUUGCUAUGACAUCAAGAAGGAGUGGGGUUGGACUUGCUGUUGUCAAUGGCCAAUUAUAUGCUGUUGGUGGUUUCGAUGGUACCGCAUAUUUAAAAACAAUUGAAGUUUACGAUCCUGAACAAAAUCAAUGGCGAUUAUGUGGAGCAAUGAACUAUCGUCGUUUAGGUGGUGGCGUUGGUGUGAUGAGAGCUCCUCAAACUGAGAACUAUAUAUGGCCGGCAACAGUUCUAAAUACAAGUAAAAUGUCCAUUAAAUAGUUAAGAACAAAAAUAUCUCUAAAAAAAGAGUGAAACCAUCAACCUCAGUUAAGUUUUUGAUUUUAAAAUGACUUAUACAUUUAUUAUUUUAUAAAUGCUUCCGCCUGUUUAGCUUCAGCAGUUUUAUUAUUUUCAAAAUGAACGUGAAAAUUCAAAA